CACACAUUCUCUUAUCUCAUCUCUCAAUCUGUAGUGAUAAAUGGAGUCUAUCUUUACACUCUUGCAUGUUGCAAUUGCCAUCAUCAAUUUUUCCAGAGCUAAUAAGACUACUUGUACCCUGCAUGGAGAGCCUAUAUACCCACACAUAUGGAAGAAUGGCGAUAUCAUAGUUGGAGCAAUUUUCCCCUUUCACAGUAGCUGGGAAAUCACAGAUUCAUCCUAUUCGGCCAGGCCAUCUUCAAUGAAGUGUAUGAGUCUGGACUUCAGAGCUUUCCAGUAUUCACAGUCCUUGAUGUUUGCAAUAGAGGAGAUCAACAACAGUUCAUCUUUACUACCUGGAGUCUCACUGGGCUACAAGAUCUAUGACACCUGUGGUUCCGCAGCAUUGGGUGUUAAAGUGGCAAUGACACUAAUUAACGGAAACAAGAACUCAGCCUCUGAUGACAUCUGCACAAAGCCAGCCCAGGUGCAAGCCAUAAUAGGAGAGACAUACUCAUCAGUGUCCAUGGCUAUAGCAAAGAGCGUAGGAUCUUUCAGCAUUCCCUUAAUCAGUUACUUUGCCACCUGCGAAUGUCUCAGUGACAAGAGGAAAUAUCCCUCAUUUUUGCGCACUGUUCCCAGUGAUUAUUACCAGAGCAGAGCACUGGCAGAGAUGGUUAAGCACUUUGGAUGGACCUGGGUGGGAGCAAUAAGAAGAGAUGAUGAUUAUGGUAACAAUGGAAUGGCUACAUUUACCAAAGUUGCAGAGCAAUUGGGCAUAUGUUUAGAAUACUCCCUUCCAUUUUUUAGAACCUACUCACAGGAGAAAGUGCUAAGAAUUGUUGAGCAAAUUAAAAGCUCCACUUCUCGAGUGAUAGUGGGAUUUCUUACUCAAUGGGAUUUGGAAAUUUUGGUGCAUGUGUUUUCUGAACACAACAUCACUGGAUAUCAGUGGGUGGGAACUGAGGGCUGGAUCGCAGAUCCAAUAGUGGCCACACAGGAUAAGCACAACAUACUGCAAGGAGCCAUAGGGCUAGCUAUCCCCAAAACAAAGGUGGCAGGACUGAAGGACUUCAUUCUAGAUAUAAAGCCACUGAAGUCUGUAGGAAGUGCCAUUUUUACAAAAUUUUGGGAGGCUUUGUUUAAGUGUAAAUAUACAAUGCAGAAUGAUUCAGAGAACUCACCAGUGUGCACAGGAGAAGAGAAACUGUCUGAGAUGGAAAACGCUUUCACUGACAUGUCACUGAUGCCCAUUUUCAGUAAUGUGUAUAAAGGAGUGUACGCCAUUGCCCACACCCUACAUGAACUUCUUGGCUGCAAACAAACAUGUCCUACAAAUAAGCAGCCCAAUCCUUUCACAUUUCUAGAACACCUCAGAGAGGUACAUUUCAAGACCAAAGAAGGUGAAGAAGUUUAUUUUGAUAAAAAUGGUGACCCACCAGCAAAAUAUGAAAUAAUAAACUGGCAAAUAAAUAAAGAUCGACAAACUGAAUUUGUUACCGUUGGACUUUACGACUCCUCUUUUCCUGCUCAUGGUCGAUUAGCAGUAAACAUGGCCACGAUUGUGUGGGCACAAAAUUCCAAUAAGGUACCAAUAUCUAUAUGCCAUGAGAGCUGUCCUCCAGGCACCAGAAAAGCUGUACAGAAAGGAAAACCCAUCUGCUGCUUUGACUGUAUUCCAUGUGCUGCAGGAGAGAUCAGUAAUAUGACAGACUCUAUUGAAUGUGAACAAUGCCAGCAAGAUUACUGGUCAAAUGCACACAAGAAUGAAUGUGUAAAGAAGGAAGUUGAAUAUUUGUCCUAUGAGGAAACCAUGGGAAUUUUGCUGACAGCAGUGUCCAUCUUUGGUGCAUUUAUGACAACAGUAAUAGCAGUCAUAUUCUUUAGAUAUAAAAAUACGCCAAUAGUCAAAGCCAACAAUUCUGAACUCAGCUUCCUACUGCUCUUCUCUCUGGCUCUGUGUUUCCUUUGUUCACUUACUUUCAUUGGACGGCCCUCUGAAUGGUCCUGUAUGCUGCGCCACACAGCGUUUGGGAUCACUUUCGUCCUCUGCAUUUCCUGUGUUCUGGGAAAAACAAUGGUAGUCUUAAUGGCCUUCAGGGCUACACUUCCAGGCAGUGAUGUCAUGAAAUGUUUUGGGCCUCCACAACAGAGACUCAGUGUACUUGCCUUCACUCUCAUACAGGUGCUUAUUUGUGUUCUUUGGUUAACAAUAUCCCCUCCUUUCCCCUUCAAAAAUCUAAAGCACUACAAAGACAAGAUCAUUCUAGAGUGUCAUUUAGGUUCAAAUUUAGGUUUCUGGGCUGUGCUGGGUUAUAUAGGACUUUUGGCUCUUUUAUGUUUUGUUUUGGCUUUUCUGGCUCGAAAGUUGCCUGAUAAUUUUAAUGAAGCUAAGUUCAUUACAUUCAGCAUGCUAAUGUUCUCUGCAGUUUGGAUCACAUUUAUUCCAGCUUAUGUGAGUUCACCUGGAAAAUUUACUGUAGCUGUGGAGAUAUUUGCCAUUUUAGCCUCCAGCUUUGGUUUGCUGUUCUGCAUCUUUCUUCCAAAAUGUUAUAUAAUUAUACUGAAGCCAGAGAAAAACACUAAAAAGCAACUUAUGGGAAAAGUUAAGUGA